UUUAUGAUUGAAACUCACCACUAGUGGCAUUCAUGGUGGUCUGUUCUUAUUAAAGAAAAUUUUUUCUACUUUUUUGUUUUGUAUCUGUUUUUGAAUUAUGAGUGGUUUUGGUGGUUUUGGUGCUGCACCUACAUCGUUGUUUGGUAGCCCAUCAAGUCAACCAACAUUCGGUGGUUUCGGAUCAUCAAAUCUUAUUCAAAAUCAUAAUCCAAUGAAGGACUUUGAAGUUGCCAAUAGUCCUGAUGACUCUAUCGCUGCUUUGGAAUUCAGCCCUCCUGCCUUGCCUCAAAACUAUUUAAUUUCUGGUAGCUGGGAUAACCAAAUUCGUUGCUGGGAAAUACAACAAGUUCAGCAAGGGUGGCAGUCAAUUGCUAAAGCUCAACAAUCACACCAAGGACCUGUAUUGGAUGUUGCUUGGAGCGAUGAUGGCACCCGUGUUUUUUCUGCUUCCUGCGAUAAAACUGUAAAAAUGUGGGAUCUCAAUAGUAAUCAAUCUAUUCAAAUAGCUCAGCAUGACGAUGCUGUCAAAACAGUUCAUUGGAUCAAAGCACCUAAUUAUCAAUGUGUUAUGAGUGGUAGUUGGGAUAAAACAUUGAAGUUUUGGGAUACUAGAAGUCCUCAACCUAUGGCAAGCAUUCCUCUUACUGAAAGAGUUUAUUGUGCAGAUGUAAUCUAUCCAAUGGCUGUUGUUGGAAUUGCUGGUCGUGGUAUUAUUGUUUACCAGUUGGAAAAUCAGCCCUCUGAAUUUAAAAGAAUCGAAUCACCACUCAAAUAUCAAAAUCGAUGUUUAUCCAUAUUUCUGGACAAAAAGCAAGCUCCUUCUGGCUUUGCUUUGGGUAGUGUUGAGGGUCGAGUAGCAAUACAAUAUGUGUCUCCAACUAAUCCUAAAGAUAACUUUACUUUUAAAUGUCAUCGUUCAAAUGGAACUCCAAAUGGCUUUCAAGAUAUUUUUGCAGUAAAUGAUAUUGCAUUCCAUCCCCAACAUGGUACCUUGGCAACUGUCGGGUCUGAUGGAAAGUUCUCUUUCUGGGAUAAAGAUGCACGAACCAAAUUGAAAACAUCUGAACAAUUGGAACAACCAAUUACUAGAUGCUGUUUUAGUGCCAAAGGGGAGUUGUUUGCCUAUGCAGUCAGCUAUGAUUGGUCUAAAGGACAUGAGUUUUACAGUCCACAGAAAAAGAAUCAUAUAUUCCUCCAUCCAUGUUUUGAAGAGUUAAAACCAAGACCUAAAACUUGAAUCAUUUUUCUCUUCUCAUUUGUUUUAUACCUGUACUUUGUUUUCAUACCAACUUUCAUAUCAUGGCCAACCUUUAAUGUGACCUGUUUUAAAACAAGGCUUGUUAUCCAAAAAUUGUAAGUUGAUGAAAAACUUCACAUGUACUACACAUUAAAGGCCAUCGAUUCAACAAAAGUAAAUUUGACAACUAACAAGUGUUGAAUCAUUCACCUUCAAUAAGAUAUUAGAAUUAAAUUUUGUACAAUAA